AUGCUCAACUCACAAGACCCGACACGCCCCGGAAACUCCGCGGGAAUAGCCUUUGUUCUAAACAAAGAAAUGAUCAACACGUCCGAAGCAAAACUAACAGUACUAAUCCCCGGCAGAGCUAUAGCCUUGUCAAUUAAAUGGCAUAACGAAAAAAUUAUUAAAAUACUUAACAUUUAUGCGCCCAACAAUCACAGCGAACACCCAACAUUCUGGAACAAUGUAAAGACAAAAUGGUCGCAAAAUAACCUAGGACCAAUUGAUUUCAUGAUGGGCGAUUUCAAUGUAACGGAAGACCCACUAGAUAGAGCGCCAUCGAGAUUUGAUAACGAACAAGCUGUAGAGGCCCUAAGAGAUUUCAGAACAAACGAAAACAUACAAGAUACGUGGCGACACACCCACCCAAGAACACGACUGUUCACUUUCAACAGUAACUCCAACUCCAUGUCCCGCUUAGACAGAAUCUAUACGUCAAACACCCACCACGAGAGUGUCUCGAACUGGAAAUCAUACCUAUGCCCAAUACCCACGGACCAUAACAUUGUAACCACCCGUUUUGCCCCCCCAGGUCUCCCGCACAUUGGGAAAGGGAGAUGGACAUGGCCACUUGAUAUCCUUGCCAACAAAACCCUAAUUGAAAAGAUAGAAACAUUAGGAAUAAGAACACUAGAAAAAAUCGAAAAUAAAAGUACAGAAGGAAAACCGUACCGAGAACGAGAACCCGCAAUCAAUAUGGGAAAACUUUAA